AUGAAGGGGAGCGUGGCGUUGGCGCCCUUUGGCAAGAUUGCUGGGAUGUAUCUGAGCACCUGGAAGGUUUGCAUCAGCUACUUGAGCUGUCGCUGGGAAGCACAUGCGGAAGCAACGAAGGAAGUGCAGGAGGCCUUUGUGCCCGUGGGGAUGUGUCAGACCAUGGUCCUCAACGUCAUCACCUACGUCCCCCUGGUGCUCUUCCUGAACUCCCUUGCGGGCUUCUCUGUGGAGUAUCAGCGCUUCAUUGCCGCGUACUCCCUGGCCCCCACCCUGCUCAUGGGCUUGUGCUACUACUACUACUUGUUUCGGGCGAAGGUGUGGCAGCUCAGCAUGUCGGAUUUGCUCGGAUGGUUCAACAACUGGUUGAUGGCCAUGGUCAUCUCGGUUGUCUCCUUCACCCAGGUUGCCAUUCACUACAUCCUCCUCCUGUGGCUCGAGCAGCUUCUUCCGAGUUCGUGGCAAGGAUACAUGACCUUUCCGACAGAGACGAUCGAGACCUCGGUGCGCACGGUCGUGUUCCUGCUCUACGGCCUGGGCCUCGUCCUGCUACUCACCGUCCCCUUGUGGUGUGAGGGCUACCGCCUUUGCAGCGAGCUGGCGGGGCGCGAGAACAUACUCAGCAAGUCCGAAGCUGUCAUGGAGAUCCUGUACACCACUUCCCAGCUAGCCGUCGUCCUGCAAAAGCAGACGGCCCUGGCUCUGAUUCAGAUUCGCUGGGGGUUCCCGUUCCACUUCGUCCAUUUCGCGGCCACCCUCCUGGAGAACAUGUUCUUCCAUCAGAUGGUGCAGUUCAAGUACGCUUGGAUCCACAAACUCUGCCACGAGGUGCAACCGCUCUAUCGUCUUGCUCACUUAGAGCAUCAUAUCUGCAAAGGCACGUAUCCUACCACGCCAGCGGCAGGGCUGUGGGAGGUUUGGAUUGAAGGCGGCACGCUCUUCUUUUGCAAUACCUUGGCCUGCGUUCCGUACUUCUUCUUCCACGCAGCCGUGUCGGGCCCCAACAUCGUCGUCCACACGAUGUGGCCUCAAAAGUCUCUCGUCCAGUGGCACACUCUCCACCACGUUGUGCACAGCGACAUCUACGCGUUGAACGUGCCCAGCAAGAAUGACGAGGAAUUCUCGCGGGAUGUCAAGAAGUUUCGGAAGCCUCUCCAGUCUUCUUUCUUCGUCCGCCACCCGGACAUGUCAGAUGUCGCCGGCUUCGCGAUGGUCUUCUUCGUCGGCCUCGUUCUGCACUACGGAGCAGGCAUCGGCCUUUUUCAGGUCUGGCAUGAACGAAUCGUUCAUCAGUGA